AUGCUGUUCUUAAUCACUCUUAAUAAAUUUCGUUGGAAACAUGUAUACUGGAUGAUUUUCGUUCUUGAAAAUAUAUUGCUUAUUAUUCAACAAAGUAUGAGUCAAAAUUGUAAUCAAAGAAUAUAUGGACUAUUCAAUGGAAGUAUUAUUAGUAAUACUACUAAUAUGACAGGUACAAAUGUUGCACAAUUAUGUUGGUUAUCUAAUGAAAAUUUCACUUACCUACAAUCAUUGAAUGACUGUUUGGACUUUAGUAUAGUAUGGAUAACUGAGCCACCAAAUGAAUGGCAUAUUGAUGAAAUAAUUAGAAUUAGAUUUUUUGUAACUGCUUCUUCAUCAUUUUACGGACAAGCUAUACAGUUCAAUAUAUUUUCACGUAAUCCAUUAGUAAGUUCAAUUGGCGAUGUAUCAUCGUUUUGUUCUGCAACAUCUUGCAAAAUAUUUCAAGUUGAAAGUACAUGUUGUAUAUGGCAUAUGAGUUUGUUUAUGAAUAGAUUAACUUCUCCCAGUGAACAGUUCCCUUUGGGUGUUUGUGAUUUCAAUAAUUUUAAUAAUAAAAGUAUACCAGUUUAUUAUGGUUCAUCACUGAAUUCUGAAUGGAAUCUUUUAGUUCCCAACAUUUACCGUACAUUACAAGAAAAUCAAUCGCUAGAAGUAGUGGAAAUAGUUUUAAUCGUAUUGGCUUGUUUAUUACUGCUGGUUAUUGGAUUUAUCUUAUUGUACUAUUUUAUAAGAAAACAUAAAACAAACAAGGAAAUCGAAGAAACUUGGGUACUCAAUCCAGAUAAAAUUUGUGAUAUUGAUCCAGAGGACAGGUGGAUUAAAAUGUUUCUAUCCCGUUCAACAAACUGUUCGCUUAAGAUGAUUGACUGCGUUCCAGUAGCAAUGAAACAAGUCUAUGUAGAAUUUACUGAGUUAACAAGCGAUAUGCAAAGACAACUAUGGGAAGUUAAGAAAAUGAAACAUAAUAAUUUAGUGAAGCUCAUUGGGGUCACAUUUAUAUCACCUGUCUUAUCAUUGUAUACAGAGUUUUGUGAUAGAGGAAGUUUAUGUUACGUACUUCGACGUGAUUCUAUCCCGCUAAGUUGGAGUUUAAGAAUAGGUUUUUUAACUGGUCUUGCAAAUGGCUUAGCUUAUUUACAUCAUUGUCAAAUUGUACAUGGUCGAUUGAAUUCAUCAAAUUGUGUGGUUAGUGAUAAAUGGACAUGUAAAAUAACUGAUUAUGGAUUAGAUAAUUUAAUUUGGUCAAAUGAUUUUGAAAAACAUAAAACGUUUUUAGAUAAACCAGAAAAUUUACCAUAUAUUCCACCUGAAUAUAGAGAUUAUAAAGAAACAUUAUUCGUGCCAGCAGUAGACAUAUACAGCUUUGGUACAAUCAUGUGGGAAACGGCAAGUCGUAGUGAUCCGUCUCAAGAUGACGAAUUUGUGGCAGACCCAAUGUAUAAUCACCCGGAAUUGCCGACUAAAAGACGUUUUGAAACUGAUGUUAAAUACGAGGUUGCAACAGUACCGCCUUUUGAAGAAUACAACAAUUUGAUGGAAUCUUGUUGGAGUGAAAAUACACUUAGACCAAACUUAAAUGCAAUUAUAGAAUGGUUGACAAAGAUUAAUCCAAGGAAUAUUGGAGUUGAUGAAGAUACAAUACUUACGAAAGAAUAUGCUAAAUGUCUUGAAUCUAUUAUUGAAGAUAGAACACAAGCACUUCGUAGUGAACAAAAAAUGGCAGACACUUUACUUAACAGUAUGUUACCAAAACAAGUUGUAGAAAUGCUAAGACAUGGUGAGAAUGUACCGCCUGAAGCAUUUGAACAAUGUACAAUAUACUUUAGUGAUAUUGUCGGUUUUACCACAAUUUCAUCAAGUUCUACACCAUUUGAAGUUGUAGAAUUUCUAAACAAACUGUACACUCAAUUCGAUGAUAUCAUUGAUCGAUACGACGUUUAUAAAGUGGAAACCAUUGGUGAUGCAUAUAUGGUUGCAUCAGGUGUUCCAAGAAGAAAUGGUGAACGUCACGCGAUAGCAAUAGCUGAUAUGUCACUUGAUCUAGUCAGUGUUUCACACAGUUUCGUAAUUCCUCACAAACCUGAUGAACCGUUAAAAAUUCGAGUUGGUUUACAUUCAGGUCCAGUGUGUGCUGGUGUUGUUGGUUUGAAAAUGCCAAGAUACUGUCUUUUUGGUGAUACAGUCAACACAGCAAGUCGAAUGGAAAGUACUGGCGAAGCUUACAAAAUACACUGUUCAGAAACAACACACGCUAUAUUGGAUCGACUUGGUGGUUUCACUUUUGAAAAACGUGGUACAAUAACUGUGAAAGGAAAAGGGGAUAUGCAGACAUGGUGGAUCACAGGACGUACUAGAGCUGAUUUGGCGAAAGAUUGCUGCCCACUGCCAAUGAACUGGAAAAAAAGACUGAAAAAAACGGAACCUUCAAACCAAACUGAGAAUCCAUAA